UUCCGCGCUUUUUCGAUUUCGAUUUGUAUGUAGUGUUUUAUGGCCAUGCUGGCAUUGGUUUUUCGCGGAAAGUGAAAGUUCCGCGAAAAAUGACAAUCCCGAUAUUUGCUAUAUUAGUAUAUGUUUUUAGCGGGGGUCCCCUUUGGCUUUCCAUACCUUUGGCUUUCCAUACGAUUUGUAUGUAGUGUUUUAUGGCCAUGCUGGCAUUGGUUUUUCGCGGAAAGUGAAAGUUCCGCGAAAAAUGACAAUCCCGAUAUUUACUAUAUAAGUAUAUGUAUUUUAGCGGGGGUCCCCUUUGGCUUUCCAUACUUUGAAGUGGAAAUUAAAGUCACGUUUUUUUACAGGGUUGUUACAGUUUAGAUGCGUUUAAUUAUUCCGGAUUAAUCGGGAAAUCCGGAUUAUGUAGACCAGUUGAUUGCUAUUGUAUUCAUUCGGGCUGUUCUGCGCUCGCGCAUAUAUACUUGGUAGUUUCAAAUUACUUUAAUUUCAUUUUUUUAGAUCUCAAGUUAGCGCAGUGGUCGGUACGGUACAUGCACUUUCCACCUGGGUUACCCGGUUUGCAUUUAAGCUUAGUUGGUGAUAACAUACCGGACUACAGCACAAAUGCAAUAUUCAGACUACAACACAAAUGAACUAUUUCAGAAAAAAACACACUGGACAUUGAGUCUUUUAUUAAAAUUUGUGUCCCAAAUUGUGUGCUUCCAGUAAGUUCAUUAGAUAGAAGUGCUAGGACAAACUUCCGAUCCGCACAAAAAAAGGCUCAUGCGCGAAUAAAAAAAAACAUCAUAUACUUUGAAAUACACAAACUCACUGAUUCUUUUCGUAAUAUACAGUUUGAAUCGUAGAUCUGAAGAAAAAAGCACAGCAGUUUAUCCGCGAACCUAUUGUUUAGGUCGCUGGUUUAUUGUGAGUGCCAGUCAAAAGCAGACGACAAUACAAAAUUUGUCCAAUGAAAAAUCGAAGAAAAAAAGCACAGCAGUUUAUCCGCGGACCUAUUGUUUACGUCGCUGGUUUAAUGUGAGUGCCAGACAAAAGCAGACGACAAUAAAAAAAUUGCCCAAUGAAAAAUCGAAAUCACGUGACACGUUAAAGCAAUAUAAAGUGAAUCGCAUACAUACACGCACGCACAUCAGUAUCGUUAUACCGGUUGUGUUCAUCGUAGGACUAGCUCAAUACAGAUCCAAAAGUCUAGCAAUGAAGAUGUUUCGGGCGGCUCUGUGUGUGGUCAUCUUGGCGUCGGUGGUCUACUGCAUGCCGACUGAAAUUGAUGCCAAAGCCAAAUGCGGAUCCUCGUUCAACCUGACGCUAAACGAAGAUUAUCGCGUGGCCACUAAAGCUGUCGUUGACACGAAUUACACGUGCAUGGUCAAGUUCACUUCGGAAACCAAGGGCGACUGUAAGGGCACGUGCUACAUGUUCGACAAGUACGCGGAGAUAUCAGACGACAAAGUUACAUUGAACGUGGGCAACAUGACCUAUCAGAAAGGAAGCGAUUUCCCGCACGAGCCCAGGUGCAUCGAUGACGUCACUGUUGACGUAACGUUGAUCCACGUGGCGGGAUUCAUGUAUAACAAGACUGACCCCAACUACAAGUUCAAAUUGGACGUUUACAACAAGUGCGGACCGAAGGGAAAAGUUAAAAGUAUGACCUUUGAAGAAGCAGUUGAGGAAGUAGAUGGUUACCAUCACGGCGAGGAGAAGACGACCCGCGAGAAGUCUGAGUUGGUAUCUGGGGUUCUGAUCGGGUUCGGCUUAACGUCAAUGUUCCUGGUCACAUUUGGCAUCGUCCAAUGUUAUUCCCGCUUUUGCCGCAGCCGUAACAAACUUCCAAAACACGGCGCUCAGCAAAAUAUAACCCCCGAACAACAACCCGUACAAGUUGAGAAUGGUGUCCAGUUCAAGUCCAACGGAAGCUCCGGUCAGAAUCGCUACUAAGCCUCUGGUGACAGGCGGUAACGGAGCAAGUAGAGAAGACGAAACGGCAUAACUUGUUCCAACAGAGAUUUUAGAAGAAACCGCCGAUGAGACAACGAAAGAAAGCACCGUAACACUUGAGGAAAAGGAUGAUUUCGAUGUAGGAGAUGACUUUUUGAUGCAGGAAUUUAAAAUAAUAAAUAAUAUGUUGGUUUAUUUUACUAAUGUAUACGUGUGUCGUCUACAAUGUUAAACAACUUAUGAUGAUAUGAAGUAUAUAGUAUUGUACAUAUUUGUUAACAUUUAAUCAAUUAUAUAUUUUUAUAUUUUCACCGAUGUACUUAAUCUUUAGAUAUAAUCAAUUUUAUGUUUUUUACGCAAUAUUUAGCACAAAGCAUUUUCUGGCUGAUAGAUUCUUCCGUAUUUAAGACUACAUUUUUUAAGAUUGAUUUUAAAAUAAUGACGAAGAUGUUUUGCUAAAGAUAUAUUUCUUUUCGCGCUGAAAAACACAUUUUUGUAAUAAAACAAUUCUAAAAUUACUGUUAGUGGUGCUAGGUGCAUUGAUCAUUUGGAAUUGUUUCAAAAUUCGAUUAAUAACAGUUUGUUUAAGCUGAUCAAUGGAUUUUUUUCAUGAAACAUUUUAAUAAUGUAACAUGACUAUGCAUUUAGAUAAAAAAACAUCGUAUGAUUUUUCAAAUAUUCAGCAAAAAAAUGUUUGUUUUCAAAUAGUCAACAAAGAAAUAUUGUUUUAAAGUCUUUUUUGAAUACGUUACUGAAUGUACCUGUAGUCAUGAUAAAUUUGUAAGUCAAUGUACAUGUGCAAUCUGAGUGUAAUGUAAAUAACGUUUAAAAUAAUCUCAAGUUUGGUUGCGUUUUAUUUUUGCAAAACAUCAUAUUUAUCUUCAUCCAAUGUUCGGACUUUAAACGCUAUUAUUUCUUUACCAUCCAUUUUUUUACAGUUGUUUCGUUCAAAUUGUUUUCGUUUCUUUUUGUUAAACCCUUUUUCUCUAAGGGUGAUAUGCUUUUGAUAGUUUUUUUAGAGUGCAGCGCAUUUGUUUAAAAUCGUUGUAUCUGUAUUAGAGUAAACAAAUGAAUGCAAUUGUUUUCAAUAUAACAUUGAUAUAAUUGCAUUUUUCAUUCCAACGUGUCUUUUUUGUGAUACCAGUCAUUUACUAUAUGACAAUACAUGUGAUAGUUAUGGCGUCUUCCAUUUAUACACUUUUAUAAAGUUUGUAUGAUAUUCAAAUUAUUAAGACAUGGAUCCUUACAAUCAUAAUAUCUCUACUAACGUUUCGUUAGUAAUUGUAUAAAUAUAAAUAUAAGAUAAUUGUGUCAAAGCACUUCUUUUUAAUGUAUUUACUUAUGAUAUAUAUACUUAUUGGCACCAACAGCUUUUUGUGUAUAUUUGUCUUUAUUGUCCUAUAUAUAAGUGUUUUAUCUACUUAGCAUCCAGAUAUGAAUCAUGUUUUUAAUGUCUUUGUAUUAGGUGGUGUGAGUGUGUGUCUGGAUGUGUUGGGAGAUUACAGUUUUGUUUUAAAACGCUUUCAGAACUGAUUCAAACUAUAUUUAAGGAUUGUUUUACACUUUCGUAAAAUUUAAUGUGCUGUUUUUAUCUUGCCAUGUGUAUCUUAUUAUUUCUUGCUAUUGCUAUUAAAUGCGCAAAAAGUA